GUACUACCUAUACGUUUGUAAAUUAAAUCACCGAAAUGACAAGCUUUGGUUUGUACGUAGUAGCAGAACAAUAGGUUGUGUAGUAUGCAGUCGUGAGCUAAAAAUAACUAAACUAUGAGGUUAAUGAGUAAUUGAAUUGUCUGCAUGGCUGGCAAGCAUGUGCGUUCCACGCUCGUGAGUCAUGUAUAUAAGCCUGUUUGAAUCACUACUGCUGUACUGAAGCUUUAAUUAAACAAAUAUAUUAAUGUGACAUUGAGUUUUUUGGUCCAAACUAGAUUUUCAAAGCAAACUUAUAAAUUCUGUUUUGCGUAGUUUUAAUACUGCCACCGUGUGCCUAUAAUGUUGUGAGAAUUUGAUCACGUGGUGGGGAUAAAGUGUUAGCCGUUUAUGGUAGCUGACGUCAUGACGACAGCUGACUCUCUGACUUACGUGAGUUUAGCUUUGCAACCGAUGCAAAGAAGAAAAUAAGACAAGGAUGACGUUAUCAGCGAGCAAAUGGAGCAGCUUAAGUGCCGAUGUGAUAGUCAGCGCAAGAGAAAGCAACAUUACGGUGCAGGCGCAAAGCUAGCGUGAGUAAAGUAACAAAAUGAUUUCUUUUCGCCAAGAAAAUGUAGAAGAUUUUUAUGAUAUUACCGAAGAAAUUGGCAGUGGGCAAUUUGCGGUCGUGCGAAAAUGCAUCGAAAAAUCAACGAACAAAGUUUGCGCCGCCAAGUUCAUAAAAAAGAAGAGAGCAAAGGCCAGUAGACGUGGGGUUACAAAGGAAGACAUAGAACGUGAAGUUAAAAUUCUAAGUGAUGUAAAUCAUGAAAACAUUCUUCAACUUCAUGAAGUGUUUGAAAGCAACACGGAAGUUGUGCUGAUACUGGAAAUGGUGGCAGGCGGGGAAUUGUUUGAUUUUCUCGCUGAAAAAGAAUGUUUGUCGGAACCUGAAGCCAUUGUGUUUCUCAACCAAAUAUUGAGCGGGAUGGAUUAUUUGCACGACAGAAAUAUCGCACACUUUGAUUUAAAGCCUGAGAAUAUAAUGUUGUAUGAUAAAUGUGAGGACCCACACCGUAUUAAACUCAUUGAUUUUGGCCUGGCACAUAUGAUUGAACCUGGACAGGAGUAUCGCAACAUGCAUGGCACUCCCGAAUUUGUUGCACCUGAAAUCAUUGCAUUUGAAUCAAUAGGACUACCUGCUGACUGUUGGAGUAUUGGAGUUAUAACAUAUAUUUUAUUAAGCGGUUGUUCCCCUUUCCUCGGCGACGACAAAUCCGAAACAUUCGAGAAUAUAACUCGUGUCGAUUACGAUUUCGAUGAUGAAUAUUUCGACGGUACGAGCGACCUCGCAAAGGAUUUCAUUCAACAGUUCCUUAUUCGCGAUCCAAGAAAAAGGCUCACAGUGAAAGACAGUCUCAACCAUCCGUGGAUAAAGAGUGCUGCUGUCCUAAUACCGUCUUGGUCAACCCUGGAACCCACAUACCAGCCUCCUACACCAACAGAAAUCAAACAAAUCACGUCGAGCGAAUCGAACGAUGAAACAAACUUCGAUGUCCAAGUUACAGUGGAGGAUGGAAAAUCCCCUUCACCGUUACCACUGCCCAAAAAAUCCCCAACCCCUUACCCAGGUGCAUCCCCUAUUCCGUCACCAAUUCCACCGGAAUCCCCAAAACCCACACCGAUCCAAGUCCAAGUCGAACCUGCUCGGAAAAAAGACGAAAAAGAUGUUCCUGCUCUUCCUACUCCUGCCAGCAUCCCUAUCCCUGUCCACCACGUCCAAAGAUCAAGCGCAGCAUCAUCAAGAUCCUCAAGUGAAGAGGAGUUUUGGAGUCCUCGAUCUCUCUUAGAAUCCAAGGGUGGGAGGAUGACAACAUCCUUAUCAAAGUCCAGAGAUCUUCUUCAGGACCUCAGAAAAGAGCGAGGAGCUCUCGAGAAAGAUCUUCGUGUCUUCUCAGAGAGCAUUCCUUUGAUGUCGGAUGACUCUGUGGUAAACCUCCGGCAGAGAAUGGCUCGUAGGAUCGCCGAGAUGGAGGAUAGCUUCAAUAACUUCUCGGAUGAUCGUUCAAGGACAAGAAGACAGAUGAAAUCUUUGUUUGGCGACGAUGGCCAACUUGAUCUGCUGCAGAAGCGUUUCCAACAGAGCAAAGCAAGGUUCCGCAAUUUAAUCGACAAUACUGACCUGCAGUGACCCCUGCGUGCACCACGUGACCGACGAAUCAAUGAAGCGGAUCCACGCGAAACGGGGACGAACUGGGGCUUUGUGUAUUUAUUAAAAUCUUGUUUCAUGAUUUAAGGUUUUCCUCGAAAAAGUUUCUUGUGUGUGUCCAUCAUGACGUCAUCCCGCUCUUCUAUUACGCAAUAAACAACCGUGUUACUUCA